GUUUUGAUAUUAAUAAAGAAAAGCUGUUUACGUUGAUGCAGGUUUCUUUUUACCCAGCUUGAUCUGUAAUGAAGUGACUUCGCGUCCGUAUUGACAACUCUUUGUUAUUGCUUUUAACCGUAUUAGGAUAAAAAUGGCGAAUCCAGACGUCCAAGCAUUGGAUGAAAGAUUGUCUAGGGUAGAAAAACAGAAUGAACAAAUUUUGAAAUGUGUUAUGAAGAAAAAAGAUCAGGAUAGUUUCUUUUCCCUGGUUGAAGAAAACAAAGAAAGAGGGAACUGGUCUGGACGAUUUGAUUUCUUUCUGUCAUGUCUUGGCUAUGCAGUGGGUUUAGGCAAUGUGUGGAGAUUUCCAUAUCUAGCAUAUAAAAAUGGAGGAGGAGCUUUUUUCAUUCCAUAUUGUAUAUGUUUGGGCAUUGUUGGUAUACCAAUCUUUUUUAUGGAAUUAUCACUUGGACAAUACAGUAGCUGUGGCCCAGUAACAUGUUGGAAAUUUGCUCCAUUGUUUACAGGUAUUGGUUAUGGCAUGGUUGCUGUAUCUGCGUUGGUAGCAAUUUAUUACAACAUGAUUAUAGCAUGGGCCAUUUACUACUUGUUUUCCUCUUUCACCUCAGAAUUACCAUGGGAAACUUGUAUUGGAAAAAGUUGGUCAACAGCAUUAUGUUUGGAUAAUGUGAAUAUGACAGAUGAAGUAGGAUGCGCAAGUAUGAAUUGGGAUCUAAAUACAACACUUGGAACUUGUUAUGAUGACAAAGGUAUCCUCCGGGGAAUGUUCAAUGAAUCACUUGCAAAAUCAAAUGGAAUUAAAAGAAUUCUCCCAUCUCAAGAAUAUUUUGAUUAUGUUGCUAUCGGCCAAGGAAAGAGUGGUGGAAUUGAUGACUUGGGUCCAGUGAAUUGGAAACUAGUAUUGUGUUAUUUGGCAGCAUUCAUAUUUGUUGUUUUGACCCUCAGUAAAAGUAUUAAGACAUCAGGAAAGGUGGUGUAUUUUACAGCUACUUUUCCAUAUGUUGUAUUGAUUAUCCUAUUUGUGAGAGGACUGACCCUAGAAGGUUGUACAGCUGGAAUUGAAUUCUACAUAACACCAGACUUAAGCAAACUCAGUGAUUCUCAGGUAUGGAAGGAUGCAGCGGUCCAGAUAUUUUUCUCAUUGUCUGCCUCGUGGGGAGGACUUAUUGCGCUGUCAAGUUAUAAUCGUUUCCAUAAUGACUGUUUAGCGGAUGCAAUAACAGUUGCCUUUGGUAAUUGUCUGACGAGUUUUUUUGCUGGAUUUGUAAUCUUCUCUUAUCUUGGAAACUUAGCUACGACUUUAGGUGUUCCCGUAGGUGAGGUAGCAGACAGUGGACCGUCACUAGCUUUUGUUGUAUAUCCUUAUGCUGUAACAAAAAUUCCACCAUCUCCAUUCUGGGCCAUCAUUUUUUUCUUAAUGCUGAUAACACUGGGAGUUGACAGUGAGUUUGUGUUAGUAGAAACCGUGAUAACUUCAGCCUUGGACAGGUUUCCGACUUUGAGAAAGUACAAAUUUGUGACCGUUUGUACAAUUUGUGCCACGUUCUUCCUGCUUGGUUUGACAUUGACAACUAAUGGAGGUAACUACAUGCUGACAGUAAUGGACGAUUAUUCUGGAGGCUGGAACGUGUUAGUUAUUGCAUUGUUGGAAUGCAUUUCGGUUGGUUAUGUUUAUGGAGUAAGACGAUUUUUGGAUGAUAUUGAGACAAUGAUCGGAAAAAGCUUUUGUGGACCAGUCGGUUUCCCGUGGUUUGUUGCUAAGUGGUGGUGGGCAAUUUGCUGGUGCUUGCUCACUCCUUUGGCUGUCACUUUUGUAUUGAUAUUUUCCUGGAUAACAUAUGAAGGGUAUUCAGGAAAACGUGAUAAAUAUCCAGAAUGGGCAGAUGCGUUAGGAUGGAUGAUGACGAUGUUUGUUUUGGUUACAAUCUUUGUUGCAUCAUUGUUAGUCUUCAUUAGAACACCAGGAAGUUUUGGAGAGCGUAUGAAGUACUUAACGACCCCUACAAAUGAGUGGGGCCCUGCACUUGUUAAACACAGGAGAGAGGCAAAGAAAUAUAUUGACAAGUGGGACACAUCCUUUGAAGUAGACCCGCAUGGAAAAGAAGCACUGGAAAACGCAGUAUCACCAAACGAUAUAAACGUAGAGAUGUAUGACAAGCCUGGAAAAGAAAAUCUUGCCUAUGUUAGUGAUAGGAUGUGAAAACUUAGUUAACCAAGAAAGUGUAUAAUACUGACGUAUAUAUUUUUCUAAUUUUCAUAUUCUGAAGUUGCAGGACUAUAUACAUAUAUGAAUUAAAUGUUGUUGUUUUUUAAUUAAUCUAAAGUAAUUAGCGCAACAAGAAAUUGUAUGAACUCACUUCUAUGUCCGCCACAGUCAAGUCUCAGAUCGAUCCCCUGUUCUCAAAUCUAAGCCCAUGUAAAUAUUUUACCAAACGUAUGUUGAAGGACCAUCAUGUAGAGACUGGACUUUGCCAUUUUUACACAUGGCAGUAUUUUUUUUAAUUUUUUUUUUUAUAUAUUCGUCUUUUUUACACAUGGCAGUUGGCUUUUUUU